AAUAAUUCUUUAUCUUGUUUAAGUUUAAUCCCUUCCCUCAUCACCCUUUCUUUUGUCUCGAGUGCUUCAUCUCCCCCACCAUACAUGGGGAAUUGUUGCUCUCGAGGCAACCCCGAAAGUCUGACAAACGAAUUAGGCGUCGCCUCCCCCGAAAACAAUGGUAACGUUAGCAUUUGUUCCCGUAACGAAAGUUUCUCGAAAGCCUCACCGACACAACCGCCGGCUUCACCAUCAGAGGAAGCUUCUCCUAAGCCUACUCCCAAGCCUAACCCAAUUGGAACCGUGUUAUGCCGUCCUAUGGAAGAUGUGAGAAACACUUACACCAUUGGAAAAGAAUUGGGUAGGGGACAAUUUGGGGUUACCUAUUUGUGUACCCAUAAGGUAACUGGCGAGCAAUUCGCGUGCAAGACGAUAGCCAAAAGGAAACUCGUUAACAAAGAAGAUAUCGAGGAUGUUCGUAGAGAAGUUCAAAUCAUGCACCAUUUGACGGGACAACCUAAUGUCGUGGAACUCAAAGGAGCUUACGAAGACAAACAUUCGGUACAUUUGGUGAUGGAACUAUGUGCUGGCGGUGAACUUUUCGAUAGGAUCAUUGCUAAAGGCCAUUACAGUGAACGUGCGGCCGCUUCUUUGCUUAGAAUCAUUGUUCAAAUCGUCCAUACUUGCCAUUCCAUGGGGGUUUUCCAUAGGGACCUCAAGCCUGAAAAUUUCUUGUUGUUGAACAAAGAGGAAAAUUCACCACUCAAAGCUACGGAUUUUGGUCUAUCACUCUUUUACAAGCCAGGUGAUGUGUUUAAGGACAUUGUUGGUAGCGCAUAUUAUAUUGCACCAGAAGUAUUGAAGAGGAAAUAUGGACCAGAAGCUGAUAUAUGGAGCAUUGGUGUUAUGUUGUAUAUUCUUCUAUGUGGUUUUCCUCCCUUUUGGGCAGAAUCCGAAAAUGGGAUCUUCAGUGCAAUUUUACGUGGGGAAAUCGAUUUCGAAAGUGAUCCAUGGCCUGCAAUUUCACCUCAAGCAAAGGAUCUUGUUACCAAAAUGUUAAACUUGGAUCCCAAGCAAAGGUUAACAGCACAACAAGUUCUAAAUCAUCCAUGGAUUAAAGAGGAUGGUGAAGCACCCGAUAUUCCUCUUGACAAUGCAGUCUUAGCCAGGCUCAAACAGUUCAAAGCAAUGAACAAUUUCAAGAAAGUUGCUUUAAGGGUCAUUGCAGGAUGUUUAUCGGAGGAAGAAAUCCAGGGGUUGAAGGAGAUGUUCAAGACCAUAGAUUCCGAUAACAGCGGCACGAUAACGCUCGAAGAAUUGAAGCAAGGGCUUGCCAAGCAAGGAACGAAGCUAACUGAAUAUGAAGUUAAACAAUUAAUGGAAGCAGCGGAUGCGGAUAGUAACGGAACUAUAGAUUACGAAGAGUUCAUCACGGCCACCAUGCAUAUGAACCGAAUGGAUCGGGAAGAACAUUUGUACCGUGCCUUCCAACACUUCGAUAAAGACAACAGCGGGUACAUCACGAUAGAAGAGCUAGAACAAGCUCUCCGUGAAUAUGGCAUGCACGAUGGCAAAGACAUCAAGGAAAUCAUUUCUGAAGUCGACAACGACAAUGAUGGAAAGAUAAACUAUGAUGAAUUUGUGGCAAUGAUGAGGAGAGGAAACCCUGAAGCGAACCCGAAGAAGCGGCGCGAUGAUGUAAUGUUCGACAAUUCGGAUUAGGGACGAAAAUCACUAUGAACAUUCAUUUGGGUAGGGCUUACAAUGGAUUUGGAUGUGAAAAUAUGCAUGCAUAAAUUUGUACAAUACAAAUGGAAAACUGGGAGAGGAUUUGGUUAAUGAGAAGAUGGCUAAAGGGAAAAGAAGGGGAAAGAAAUAACUUUUUAUUGUAACUUAAGGAUUGUGAAAUUUGAUUGGUUUACUUUAUUAACAUUUUGCAAUUGUGUAAAAAAAAAAAACCAUUGCUUAUAUUAAUGGUUAGA